AUGUCAGCAGCUCCUUCGCAAGAGGAGCAGAACAUCCAGAUCUGGAAGGUGAAGAAGCUCGUAAAGGGUCUUGAUGCCGCCCGAGGAGCUGGUACUUCCAUGAUCAGUCUGAUCAUUCCCCCCAAGUCACAAGUCUCCCAAUUCAGCAACAUGCUCACGCAAGAGUACGGUACUGCUUCCAACAUCAAGUCUCGUGUCAACCGUCUUUCCGUUUUGGCCGCCAUCACAUCCACCCAACAACGUCUGAAGCUCUACAACCGUGUUCCUCCCAAUGGUCUCGUCGUAUACUGCGGUACCAUUUUGACCGAUGAAGGAAAGGAAAAGAAGGUCAACAUUUCAUUCGAGCCCUUCAAGCCCAUCAACACCUCGCUGUACCUCUGUGACAACAAGUUCCACACCGAGGCUCUGUCAGAACUCCUGGAGAGCGACGCCUCCUUUGGCUUCAUCAUCAUGGACGGAAAUGGUGCCCUCUUCGGUACCCUGUCUGGUAACACCCGAAACAUCCUGCACAAGUUCUCCGUAGACCUCCCCAAGAAGCACGGUCGUGGUGGACAGUCUGCUCUGCGUUUCGCCCGUCUGCGAGAGGAGGCCCGUCACAACUACAGGCGAAAGGUAGCUGAGCAUGCCGCUACUCAUUUCAUCUCUGACAACAAGUGCAACGUCGCUGGUAUUGUCUUGGCUGGAUCCGCCGACUUCAAGACCGAGCUGGGUCAGUCGGAGAUGUUCGACCCCCGACUUGCGACCAAGGUCAUUGCCACCGUCGAUGUGUCGUACGGUGGUGAGAACGGUUUCAAUCAGGCCAUCGAGCUGGCUGCCGACUCUCUCAAGAGUGUCAAGUUUGUUCAGGAGAAGAAGCUCAUCCAAAAGUACUUUGACGAGAUCUCGCUCGAGACGGGCAAGUACUGCUUCGGUCUCGACGACACAUUCAAGGCUCUUGAGUUGGGCGCCGUCGAGACUCUAAUCGUCUGGGAGAAUCUCGAGGUGACACGAUACCAGCUCAAGGACAGCGAAGGCAGGGAGAUUGUUCUGAUGCUCAACAAGGAGCAGGAGAAGGACACGGACAUCUUCAAGGACAAGCAGACUGGUGAGCCCAUGGAGCAGGUCUCGGAGCCUCAAUCUCUCCUCGAGUGGCUCGCAGAGAACUACCGUAGCUUCGGUACUGCUCUGGAAUUCGUCACCGACCGCUCUCAAGAGGGUAUGCAAUUCUGCAAGGGCUUCGGUGGAGUUGGUGGAAUCCUCCGGUACAAAGUGGCCUUUGAGGACAUUGCCAUGUACGAGGACGAGGACGAGUUCAUGACCGACUCUGAUGAGGACUGA